GGGGGUUAUGGGAUCAAGGGGAUACGGAGCUACCGGCGUGAAGGGUACAGGGAGAUGGGGUGGUUGUGCGCCUGCUUCGACGGGGGGAGUAAGGAGGAGCGGCGGGAGGAAGAGAGGCUGGCCUCCGCCGAUGCCCGGGCCAAAGCCGCCGAGGCCGCUGAGAAAAGGCAAGAGGAAUUCGAUAAGUCUGCUGCCGGAAGAGCUGCACGUGCCCAGAUGCAGGCAGCUGCAAAGCAAUCUGCGACUCCCAAUAAGGGCGAACCAGUCCUAAAGUGGCAGAUGAGCUGACAAUCCAGCUUGCAGUUGUUAGCGGUAUGCCAUCAGUGUAGGAUGUUCAAACCUCGUCUCCACCAAAUUCUUCAUUUUUCCGAAUCGGACGCGCAUCAUGGGCAAAAUUUGGGCUGUGGAGUAAUCAAAGUAUGAUGUGAGGGAGGCCUAUAAAUCGAAAGAUUGUGAAUGUAUCUCAUUUGUGUAUAUAGAUGUAAAAUCUACUCUCUUGAGUAGUUCUAUAAACUUCAAAUUGUCUCUCUAUCAACAAUAAAAGCGGAUUAUCGCGGUCACACAAUGUUGUGCUCAGAAGUUGGAACUAUUCUAUGACACAAGUUGGAGUUCCUCAA